CCCUAGUCUCUCUUUGUAUACUUCACCAAACUUUGUCACUCUUUUCAUUCCAAAACUCACCCAAUCUCCUUAUCCACUCACAAUAACAUAGCACCUCUCUAAAACCCCUUUUCUUUCUUCUUCUCUGCAAUGGCUUCUGCUAAUGCUAUUUCCACUGCUUCUAUUAUCCCUUCUCCUUCUAAACAGGGGGGUUUGAAGAAUAGGAAGGUCAGCCAAUUGCAGGGACAGAGAUUUGGCAACAAGGGUGCAAAGAACCGAUUUGUAGUCAAGGCCUGUGCUAAAGAAAUUGCCUUUGACCAGAAAUCUAGGAGUGCCCUGCAGGCUGGAAUCGACAAGCUUGCUGAUGCUGUCGGCCUGACUCUUGGUCCAAGGGGAAGGAAUGUAGUGUUGGAUGAAUAUGGCACCCCUAAGGUGGUUAACGAUGGAGUUACAAUUGCUCGUGCCAUUGAGCUACCUGAUGCUAUGGAGAAUGCUGGGGCUGCCCUUAUCAGGGAGGUUGCAAGCAAAACCAAUGAUUCAGCUGGUGAUGGAACAACAACUGCAUCUGUUCUUGCUCGGGAAAUCAUUAAACUCGGUCUGUUGAGUGUUACAUCUGGUGCAAAUCCAGUGUCUUUAAAGAGGGGCAUUGACAAAACUGUACUGGGUUUGAUUGAAGAGCUAGAAAAGAAGGCUAGACCUGUUAAAGGCCGUGACGACAUCAAAGCUAUUGCUUCAAUCUCUGCUGGAAAUGAUGAAAGCAUCGGUACCAUGAUUGCGGAUGCAAUUGACAAAGUUGGUCCAGAUGGUGUGUUGUCCAUUGAGUCAUCCUCCUCCUUAGAGACAACUGUUCAUGUUGAAGAAGGAAUGGAGAUCGAUAGAGGAUAUAUUUCCCCACAAUUUGUCACAAACCCUGAGAAAUUAAUUUCUGAAUUUGAGAAUGCUAGAGUCUUGGUUACUGAUCAGAAGAUUUCAGCUAUCAAGGACAUUAUCCCUCUAUUAGAAAAGACAACUCAAUUACGCGCCCCUCUCCUCAUUAUUGCCGAGGAUAUCACCGGGGAAGCUCUGGCCACUCUUGUUGUGAACAAGUUGCGAGGUAUACUGAAUGUUGCUGCCAUCAAAGCUCCUGGAUUUGGUGAAAGGAGAAAGGCUCUUCUGCAAGAUAUUGCCAUUGUGACAGGAGCUGAGUACCAGGCAACUGAUUUGGGCCUGCUCGUUGAGAAUACCCCAGUUGAAGCACUUGGAAUUGCCAGAAAGGUGACAAUUACCAAGGACUCAACAACCAUCAUCGCUGAUGCAGCAUCAAAGGACGAGAUACAAUCUAGGAUUGCUCAGCUUAAAAAGGAACUGUCUGAGACAGACUCAGUGUAUGACUCCGAGAAACUUGCUGAGAGAAUUGCCAAGCUUUCUGGGGGUGUUGCCGUCAUUAAGGUUGGAGCUGCAACAGAGGCCGAGCUUGAAGACCGCAAGCUUCGUAUUGAAGAUGCAAAGAAUGCAACUUUUGCUGCAAUUGAAGAGGGAAUAGUACCUGGUGGUGGUGCUGCUUUUGUUCAUUUAUCAACUUAUGUCCCUGCCAUUAAGGAGAAGAUUGAAGAUGCUGAUGAAAGAUUGGGCGCUGACAUCAUUCAAAAGGCAUUGGUAGCCCCAGCAUCUUUGAUAGCCCAAAAUGCUGGAGUUGAAGGAGAAGUAGUCGUGGAGAAGGUGAAGGAAGCCGAAUGGGAGAUGGGUUAUAACGCGAUGACAGACCAGUAUGAGAAUCUCGUGGAAGCUGGAGUCAUCGAUCCAGCCAAGGUGACAAGAUGUGCCUUGCAGAAUUCAGCAUCAGUUUCAGGAAUGGUGCUGACCACACAAGCCAUAGUGGUUGAGAAGCCAAAGCCUAAGGUUGCUGCACCUGCUGCUCCUCAAGGACUUCAAGUGUGAUCGAUAUAACUAUCUUUGCUAGGAAAUUUUGUUGGUCUUGAGAUGAACAUCGACGUGGGGCUGGCUUGUUCGGGACAAGGUUAGCGUAGAACUACAUGAGCGUAUUGUUAUUUUUAGCUUGCUUUUAGCCCUCACAUUUAUAACUUGUAUUGAUUGAAUAAUAUCGUCGCUCGUUCUGGUAAACAUAAAGACAAAUGUCUGUCCUUUAGAACGGAUAACAGUAUUAGUUAUUCAUGUUCUUUACCUUUUCAGUUCUUGAAUGGUUUUUUGUUC